GAUGCUGUUGGGAAAACUCGUGCAGCCGGUGUGCAGCCAAAGCAAGCUGCCGCCGCCGGGCGCCUGCAGACACUUCUGGGGAUGGCUGAAUGCCGUGUUCAACAAAGUGGACUACGAACGUAUACAAGCCGUUGGCCCUGACAGGGCAGCUUCAGAAUGGCUGUUGCGAUGCGGUGCCCUGGUGCGCUAUCAAGGCUAUCAGAAAUGGCAGCAGGACUACAAUGGUCUCCCAACAGGGCCCUUGGGGAAAUACAAGAUAGAGGCAAUUAAUGCCACCGACUCUUGCAUCAUGUACAGAGGAUUUGACUAUUUGGAUGGUCUUGAACACGUUACAGAAAUCAAGCUCCAGAAGUGUAUUUACAUACAGGACGAGUGUCUGCAGAGGCUCAGCGAGACGAAGAAUCUACAGAAGAGUCUUCUCCAGCUGAAGAUAAUUUCCUGCGGGAAUGUCACAGAUAAAGGCAUCAUUGCACUUCACAAGCUGACGAACCUUGAAUAUUUGUAUCUGAGUGACCUUCCUGGAAUAAGAGAGAAAGAAACUACUGUUGACGUCCUUCAGCGGGCACUGCCAAACCUAGAGCUGGAGCUGGACUUAGAAUAAGCACAAUUGCACAUAACUGAGAUGUAUUUGAUUUCAUAGUAUUUAUCCUAUGUCGCAUAAAUUAAGUUGUAGACGCUAGUGUAUUUCCAGGUAUGGCAAUAAGCCCAGAUAUCCCAAUCCAGCCUUAAAAGCGGUAUGCGAUCUUUUAUGCAAUUAAGUUUUAUUAAGUUU